AUGGUUGCCAAUGCAAAUGCAAGCGCUAACUCUACUUCACACCCUGUUCGAGUAAACUUCUUUGGCCAAGCCGGUGUCGAGAUCUUACUACACGUAUCUUACUACACUGGUCACAAUCUUACUACCAAUCCACCAGAUCUUACUACACAACUACCCAUCUUGCUACUCGGAACAGCCUCUUACUAUCCCACUUCCAAAACCUCACUACCACAUCUCCAACUCGUAAUUCCUGCCGAUCUUAUCAAACCUCGUUUCACACUCUCCACCAUCCACCAACCCAUCCACAACAGCCAGUUGCCUACUCCCAUCACCACCGUACGCCAACGCCGACUAGCUGAAAGUAAAACUCACGCAGCCAACAACAAAACCAGUAGGAAGCGAGCCAGGAUAGACGAUGAAUACGUUGAAGACACUGAGGAGGACGAGGAUGAUCAUGAAACAUCUGGUUCUGGUAACGAACACGAGAACACCGAUACCGCAUCUGACGCCAUCCCAAACAUCAACAACUAUCGUGCCAUUGGCAUGGAGUGGGGACUUGCACGAGCAGAGCAAUACCUUGCUUCUCUCAAACUUCCCAAAAAUAACCGACCAUCCGGGACAGGCCUAUACGAGGCGCAAUCCCUUCAAUCGAUCUACGAGUUGGACAAGACAAUGCUCUGCAUUGUCUUGAAAGUGAGCCGCAGAGUCCUCGACGAAGCUCUUAAUGUGGCGACGUCGACUCCCAUGCCAUCCAAGGGUGUUUCCCAGGGUUUUCCUGAGCGCAACCGCAUCGUAGGUUCAACAUGGUCCACGUACAUCGAUGAAGAACAAGAAGUCUUUACGCCUCGACUCUUUGAGCGUCUCUGUGUGGCCACACAUGAGGCAUAUGCACUUACUCAAACACCACUAGGAAUCUCGACCUCAACCGCUGUUCAAGAUACAUCUAUUGGUACCUCAACAAAAUCUGGCCUUGAGCCACUCACCCAGGACGAACUUGCAAAAUAUGUACCGGUUUUUGAGCGAUUGGUGAACUUAAAGAAAGUCUCACAGGACCUCCACUUGGGCCGGCUUUGGAGACACAGCGGGAAAUCCAGCAACCGCACAUCCGAGCAACUCAUGAAGCAAGAAAUCGCCAGCUGGAAUCCGGCUACCACUACCGCCCAAGCACUGUUCCAGGAUGAACAUACCUCAUGUGAUCGAUGGGCUAGGCUACAGAAAAAAAACCAUCUUCUGGAACGUUUCACCUUCGAAUCCACAAAGGCCCCACACCAUCUUCGGAAAACUCACGAACCCAAGCCUCAAUCCGCAUCGGCUGCACGACAAGCGGAAAAACGCUCAGAACUAGCGCGAAACCUCAAUGACUUAAUAGUUCCCUAUCUUCGCGGCGGAUAUCAGGGCAAAGGUGAUGCCCAUCCCAAGUGCCCAGAGUUGACCGAAGCAUUUGCAAAGAAGACCUUUCGAGGCGACGUGGCUCUUACUUUCCAUCGGACCCCAGACAGCCAGGUAACAGACAUGAUGAUUUCGAAGGGCCCCAGCUGUCUCACAAACGAUGAAGUGGACGCCUGGAUUGAAGAUAUUAAUUCCAAGAAUUACACUAUCGUCCGCGUGAAGAAGACCAAGAAACAUGAAAAUAUUGCUGAGGAGGAAUGCAAUUCAAACUCCUCAAAGUGCGACUCAAGUUUGGAUUCCGUAAAUGCUCAAAUCUUGGCAGAACUAACCGGACCCCAUCAGGCGUCGUAG